AUGUUUGGAGCAAUAUUUUUUCACCAGGACUGUGUGUCUGUGUCAAUACAUUUUACUUAAUUUGUAUCAAACCAAAAACCAUUUUCACUUUCAAAAAUUGAAAAAUUGAUAUUUUUUGUGGACUUCGUCUUUAAUCUAGGUAGAAAAUUAACUAGCUAGUUAAGUACUAGCUAGGAAGGAGUCUGGCGGAUCCGUGUCGCGUUCAGCAAGCAGGUCUUGAUGGUUGAGGAGCAGGCCGAGCUGUAGGGUCUCGUGGAGCGAGGCUGACCAAGGUCAGGCUCAGUCUGAGUGUGAAACUUCUGUUGUUUUUGUGCCUGUGGCACCACCUGGCGCCACGAUCGUGAAAGCAACAAGAUACUCACACUCAGACUUGCCACGACUUUGAUCAGCCUGGCUCCACAAGGUCCCACAGCUCGGCCUGCUCCUCAACCAUCAAGCCCUGCCUGCUGCACGCGACACGGAUCCGCCAGACUCCUUUCUAGCUAGUUUUAACUUGAGUAUCUAGUUAACUUUAACUAGCUAAUGAAAUAAUCAAGUCCAACAAAAUUAUCAAUUUUUCAAUUGUUGAAAGUGAAAAUGGUUUUUGGUUUGAUAAUUUGGCGACAUCUUGUACUCGAAUACUCUUCAAAUAUAUAAUAAGCAAUAAACAAAAACAACAGCCGAGCAUCUGAUAUUAUUUCCGUCUUCUACGCUUCUCGGCUGUCUGAGUUGAUAGGCUUCUACAGCUUGAUGCCUACUGCUACGUUUACUUGAGCGUAUCGAAUAGAAAACCCAAGGAAAAUGCCAAUUCCUUCUGUGACCGACAGCUCUGCUGUCCCUCCGAAGAAGCUUAUCAAUGUGAUGCAUAUGGUGAAACUUGGCUGGAUUCGGGCGAUAGCGUUCCUCUUUCUUUCGA